CCUCGCGGCAGAGCUGUCCCACCUCCUCGCCCAGAACGGAGCCCGUGUUUCUGCAGAGCUGGAACUCCGGGCUCAGGGUCUCUUCCCUCCGCCGUCACUGAAGUGCCCCGGAGCCCGAGGGGAGGGCGGCCUCACUGAGGCUGCCGGCUCUGGAGGGGCCCCGGCGGCCGAACCCGCGACAGUCCUGGGGACCGCGGGCCGGUUGUUUCAGCAAGUAACUUAAAGACAAAAUGGAAAAACAAGGAGGUUUGUGCCUGAGAUCAUGUUGAUGUGAAACCAGGGAUGGCCACCUUGUGCCAGUGCUGAGUACAAGAGAAGGACUAAAUAUGUUCAGAAAAGUCUUAAUCCUGAGUGGAAUCAAACAGUAAUUUAUAAAAGUAUCUCCAUGGAACAGCUCAAGAAGAAAACACUGGAGGUGACAGUCUGGGAUUAUGAUAGAUUUUCUUCCAAUGAUUUUCUUGGUGAGGUAUUGAUUGAUUAAUCUAGCACAUCUCACCUCGAUAACAUGCCUAGGUGGUAUCCUCUCAAAGAACAGACUGAAAGCAUUGAUCAUGGCAAGUCCCAUUCCAGUCAAAGCAGCCAGCAGUCCCCAAAGCCGUCUGUCAUCAAAAGCAGAAGCCAUGGUAUCUUCCCUGACCCAUCCAAGGACAUGCAGGUUCCCACCAUUGAGAAAUCCCAUAGUAGUCCCGGUAGCUCGAAAUCCUCAUCCGAAGGCCGCUCCUCAUCUCCGCUCUCAUGGACCAUCUCGCAGUCAAAGCAAAACCAGCGUCACUCAGACCCACCUGGAAGAUGCAGGGGCUGCUAUAGCCGCUGCCGAAGCCGCCGUGCAACAACUCCGCCUUCAACCAACUAAUGGCAACCAAGACCAAAGCCAGCUAGCCCUCAGGAAGGUGAUGUCUGAUGGACCAGUCAAGCCAGAAGGAGGUGAGCAGAAAGGCACUAUUCAAAGCACACAGCAAGAACAUCCCCCAAAUUUAAAGCCCUCAUCUUUUAAUUUUUAGAGAUUGUCUGAUAAAGUAUGUUUAUCCACUUUUUAAUGUGCUUUUGCGGGCAUGGCAUUUCAGGACUUCAUCAUCACCAUGUAAGUCCCAAGAUCAGUCCCAUAAUAUAUUGGCUACAGUGAUUUGUAUUUUUCUACGCACUGGGCAUCUUUUGACUUUUGUUGGGAAAUAGAUUAGGUUAGUAGCAUGCGUUCCAUUCUGCAAUAUGAAUACUGUUAAUCUGUUCAAGCAUGACUAUAAAUAUGUUUCACUGUGAUAAAAGUUU